CACCAACAACCGUUACCACACCACACAAAAACAACAGCCGCCAAACCAAACACAACAACCCUCUUACUUUGUUUCACUUUGUUGCUUUUUUUAAUGUUUCAAUAAUUCUCUUUAAAACUCUUUCUCUCUUCAUUGUUAAUGUUUCUUGGUCUUGUUUCUUUCCUAAUUUUUGUUCUUUCUCUCUUGUUUCAAUAACAAUGGAGGCUGCUAAGCUUCUUCAAGCUUCUACUAUUUGCACCCCACCUUCACCCUCUUCUUCUUUUCAUCAAAAAAAUGGAGGGUCUUCUUUUUCUUUCAAGCCCAUUUCUUAUUUUCCUCAAAAAUUCAAUCUUUCUGUUAAGGCUCAAGCUGCUUCUAUUGGAUCGGUGCCUACAAAGAAAAGGAUUGAUGGGAGCGAAAAUUUGACCCUUGAUCAUAUAAGAAGUUCUUUGAUUCGUCAAGAGGAUAGCAUAAUCUAUUGUCUCUUGGAGCGAGCUCAAUAUUGUUACAAUGAAGAUACUUAUGACCCUGAUACCUUCUCCAUUGAUGGAUUUCAUGGCUCUUUGGUAGAAUACAUGGUCAGGGAAACUGAGAAGCUUCAUGCCAAGGUUGGUAGAUACAAGAGCCCUGAUGAACAUCCAUUUUUUCCUACUGGUCUUCCUGAACAAUUGUUACCGCCUUUGCAAUACCCUCAGGUGCUGCACCCUAUUGCUGAAUCAAUAAAUAUAAAUGAUAAUGUGUGGAGUGUAUACUUCAGAGUUCUUAUCCCACAAUUGGUCAAGGAAGGAGAUGAUGGUAAUUAUGGAUCCUCCGCAGUUUGUGAUGUAAUGUGCUUGCAGGCUCUCUCAAAGAGAAUCCAUUAUGGCAAAUUUGUUGCUGAGGCCAAAUUUCAAGCUGCUCCUGAUUCUUACAAAGCUGCUAUUAUAGCUCAGGACAAGGAUAGGUUGAUGGAAUUGCUAACUUAUCCUGAAGUUGAAGAAUCGAUUAAGAGGAGAGUGGCGGUGAAGGCCAAAACUUAUGGACAGGAAGUAGCUGUAAAUCUGAAAGAUCAAAAAACCGAGCCUGUCUACAAAAUCAAUCCAAGCUUGGUUGCUGAUUUGUACAGUGAUUGGAUCAUGCCCUUGACAAAAGAAGUUCAAGUGGCAUAUUUAUUAAGGAAGCUAGAUUGAACAUACACCUUUCUUCUUUUCAAUUACAAUGUUCAUACAUUAUCUUUUCCAAAUAAUGGUACUUGCUGUGAAUGUGUAUGAAGUACACAAUUGAUGAAUUUAUUUGAACUGUGACUAUAAAUUCUAUGUAAUUAACAUGUGAGGAUGUUGAUAUUAUUUUCUUAUACAAUUCAUGAUUCAUGAGUA